CCCUUCCUUCCCCUCAUGCUCAUGAGCUGGUCCCCAGGAAAGUGUACGGGCCAGGAAGAGCCCCCACGUGACAGACACACCCUCUGUGCCAGGCUGGUGGAGAAGCCUGACAGAGGGUCUGAGUCUGGCCUUGGACCCAUCAUCACUUGCACGGCCUCAGGACCUGCACUUGCCUUCUGGCAGGCAGUACUGGCUGGGGAUGUGGGUUCUGUUUCUCGAAUCCUCUCGGACUCCAGCACUGGCCUGGCUCCUGAUUCCGUCUUUGAUACCAGCGACCCAGAGCGAUGGAGGGAUUACCGCUUCAACAUCCGCGCUCUGAGACUCUGGUCCCUGACGUAUGAGGAGGAGCUGACCACCCCACUGCAUGUAGCAGCCAGCCGUGGCCACACUGAAAUUCUACGGUUGCUGCUGAGGCGGAGGGCAAGGCCUGACAGUGCCCCGGGGGGCCGCACAGCCCUGCAUGAGGCCUGUGCUGGAGGUCACGCUGCCUGCGUCCAUGUACUCCUAGUGGCAGGAGCCGACCCCAACACCCCUGACCAGGAUGGGAAACGCCCCUUACAUCUCUGCCGGGGAGCUGCCACCCUUGAGUGUGCAGAACUGCUCCUGAAGUUUGGGGCACAAGUAGAUGGACGGUCUGAAGAUGAAGACGAGACCCCUUUGCACAUAGCUGCCCGGCUGGGCCAUGUGGAACUAGCCGACCUGCUUCUAAGACGAGGCGCGAAUCCUGAUGCCCGCAAUGCUGAAGGUUGGACGCCACUGCUGGCUGCCUGUGACACCCGAUGUCAGUCCCUGGGGGAUGCAGAGGCCACCACCAACCGCUGUUUCCAGCUGUGCCGCUUGCUGCUCUCAGCUGGAGCAAAGGCAGAUGCUGCCGACCAGGACAAGCUGCGGCCACUGCACCUGGCCUGCCGCCAUGGCCAUUCGGCUGUUGUGGAACUCCUCCUGUCCUGUGGUGUCAGCACCAACGCCAUGGACUAUGGGGGGCAUACGGCCCUGCACUGUGCUCUGCAGGGUCCAGCCACAGCCCUGGCCCGGAGCCCCGAGCACACUGUGCGAGCUCUACUCAACCACGGUGCCGUCAGAGUUUGGCCAGGGGCACUCCCCAAGGUGCUGGAGCGCUGGUGUACAUCCCCACGGACCAUUGAGGUCCUGAUGAACACUUACAGUGUGGUGCAGCUUCCUGAAGAGGCCAAGGAUCUGGUACCUCCUGAAACUCUGCAGAAGCACCAGCGUUUCUACGCUUCUUUGUUCGCCUUGGUGAAGCAGCCCAGGUCCCUGCAGCAUCUGAGCCGCUGUGUGCUCCGCUCUCACUUGGAGGGCUGCCUGCCCUACGCGCUCCCAAGGCUUCCCCUGCCUCCUCGCCUGCUCCGCUACAUGCAGCUAGAUUUCGAAGAUGUGCUCUACUAG